AUGCCUCUGCUCCGAUGCUCGCUCAACAACCUCAUCGGCUCUCUAGCCGUAGCAGACACCGCUCAUAUCAUCCGAUGCUUGGCCAGCGGCCUCGCGUACUGUCAUGCUCGCGAUGUGCUUCACCGCGACAUCAAGCCGGCAAACGUUCUGGUCUCGGCCAGUGGGUGCGUCAAGCUCUGCGACUUUGGCCUCUCGCGAGUCUAUUACCCACUGCUGGUGGAGAGCGAUGUGAGCUGGGCCCGCCUCACGCCGCGGGUCUGCACCCUCUGGUAUCGCCCGCCCGAGCUGCUUCUUGCACGGGCCAGUGCCUACUCGUCGGCUGUCGACGUGUGGGGUCUUGGCCUCAUCGGUCUCGAGCUGUUCAAGGCGUCGCCGGUCAUCACCGACCACAACGAGCGCAUGUUCUCCAUCACUCUCUUCAACGUCUUUGGCUGCCCUAGCCCCGUCGAGCACGUGCGGCUCUCGGCGUUGAUUGCCACCCAUGGCGAAGCCUUCUCUGGUGCCCAGGACGUGCUCGAUCGCGCGCUGGAUGAGAUCGAGGACGAGCACAAGCCGAACCGAGUCGCCCGCUGGAUGAGCAGCGACCCGGAGGUGGCCAACGAGACGUGGGCGCCGGCGCUCGACGUGCUCGGCCCGCUGCUCUCGUCGUGUCUGGCCUACGACGACCGUGCGCGUGCGCCGGCCGCCGCAGUGGCUACCAUGCCGGCCCUCAGUCAACUGGCUGGCACCGAGGCCGAGGCCCAGGCGCGACUGGCGGCUGUGACACGCCCGAUCUCGGUCUGUGCCGCGAUCAAUGCCCUCGGGCUCAUCCACCACUCGCGGCUCUUCACCCACCUAGAGUCUACGACCCUGUUCCGGCUCUGUCUCCUCUGCCACGAGCCGCUGUUUGCUCUCCUCGCAGCCUUUAGUAGCAAGCUGCUAGAUCUGGACGAGUUUACCGAGUCGCUGAUUGCGCUUGCGGCUCUGUACAGCCCAACUUCGCCGCGCUACGCCUCAUUGGCCGGCGUUAUCCCUGAUCUUGCGGGCGCUACGUUGGUGGCGACCGCGGAGCGGCUCUCGUCGAGCCUGCUUGGCCAGGAUGACAGAUCUCGCGAGCCGGUCUCGGCCACUGUCACCAGCUUUAGGCGCGUGCUUGCGGUCAUCGCUGCCUUUCUCCGCCUCCGCGCCGACAGCGCGUACAAGGUGCCUGCCUUGGCCACCGCCGCCGUCCUCGUGGCUUGCCAGCUGUACAGCGUCUCUGCUUCAAUCAAGGCCAUCAAGCUGUUUCUGUCGCGGAUGCUGGAGCCGCUGGGAGCCCUGGUCCCAACUUCGAAUGAGAUCGGCGACGCCCAGUUUGCGCUGCUCUACGCCACGUCGUUCACUGCCCAGAUGACCGGUGACCUCGCCGCGCUCACGACGCCGGCGCCGUCGCCGGACGAGGCGGAGGUCAUCGACGCCAUUUUCCUUUUUUCCAAUCUUCCACUGCUCUACACGCCUGCCGUCAUCCGCCGUGCGACUCGAGCGUAUCUCACCCGCAACGCAUCCAAUCCUGCGGCCACCUCUGUGCUCAACGCGCACACCAUUGCUGCCAUCGACAGCGCCUGCGCUCUUUACCAUCAGGUCCUUUCCCCCAAUCCACCAUCCAGCUCGAGAGCAACAUGUCCAUGA